GCACACAUUAGCAGCACGUUCACUACCUACGAUGCUGCCACUGAAGUAUUUUGAAGAUUAAAUACAACAACGCGAGGAACAGCGGCAAUGGCUGAAUGUAAAUGAGGAAGUGGCAAACAUUCUAAACCGGUCGUUCGACACUGUAGCACGUUCAGUUUGUCAUGGACCUGCCACCCAAAAACCUCAGCAGCGAUGGCCAACCUUCAUUUUGGAAACAACGCCGUAACAUGGUUGGGCUCUUUGCCUUUCUGGGAUUCUUUAAUGUCUAUACCCUUCGGGUAAACUUAAGUGUAGGGAUUGUAGCCAUGACUUCGUCGACAGAUACCGAGAAGAGCGAAUUUGAUUGGAGUCCACAACUUCGUGGUACGAUCCUGAGUUCGUUCUUUUACGGGUACAUUUCUACUCAACUUAUUGGAGGCUUACUUGGAUCGAAAUUAGGAGGCGUGAAAUUGAUCGGUAUUGGCGUUCUAGGUACAUCAGUCCUCACCAUCCUUACCCCUAUGGCUGCCAGGUAUUCAGUUUAUCUCGUCAUUUUCCUCAGAGUUGUCGAGGGAGUGUUUGAGGGAGUCGUUUACCCUGGCAUACAUGCCGUGUGGUCCAGAUGGGCCCCACCCGCUGAACGUACCCGGUUGGGGUCGUUUGCUUUUUCUGGUAGUUUUGUGGGCACUGUGAUAGGUUACCCGAUAUGCGGAUGGUUAGCCGCAAAUUACGGUUGGCCAUCCACGUUUUAUGUGCCAGGUUUUGUAGCCAUAUUAUGGUGUUCUGUUUGGUUAACGUGCAUCGCUGAAUCUCCGAUAGAAGACAAAUACAUUACGAAAGAGGAACUCAUGUACAUUAUCGAUUCGAUUGGGCCAACCGGUGACAAGAAACUUGGUUUUUUAAAUUAUCCAUGGAAAGAUAUACUUACAUCUACGCCAGUGUGGGCAAUAACGUGUGCCCAUUUUUGUGAAAACUGGGGCUUUUACACUUUACUUACGCAACUUCCAAGCUUCAUGAACGAUGUAUUGAAAUUCGAUAUCGAAAAAGGAAGUUUACUGUCAGCUUUACCAUACUUAGUUAUGUCUAUUAUUCUUCAAUUCAGUGGAUUUUUUGUAGACUGGCUAAGGGAACACGACGUUUUUACAACUACACAAGUUAGAAAAAUUUUUAACUGUGGUGCUUUCGUGAGUCAAACUAUCUUCAUGUGCUUGGCAGCGAAUUCUACAUCUGAAGUCGCAUCUAUAACUUGUCUAACAUUGGCUGUAGGACUUGGGGCGUUUGCUUGGUCUGGAUUCAGCAUUAAUCCUUUGGACAUAGCACCUCAAUACGCUAGCAUAAUUUUGGGAAUCUCCAAUACAUUUGCAACAAUACCUGGAAUUAUAAGCCCUAUGCUGGCUGGUGCUAUUGUAAAAAAUAAAAGUGCAGAAGAAUGGCAUUGGGUGUUUUUAAUUGCUAGUGGCAUAUAUCUGUUCGGAGCAAUAUUCUAUGCCACAUUUGCAUCAGGAGAACGACAACCAUGGGCUAAAAUUAAAACUGAAGAAAACGUUCAUGAUAAUAAAACUUUUGAUAUGAAUACAAUAUAAAAUAAAAUAUGAAAACAUAAAUGACCAUACUAUUU